AUGAAUUCAGCAGACGAGAUGGACAUGGCAGAAUCGUCUGAUGAUGACUACAAUGACGAUCAGGACAACAACACGUUCCGAUCCAAACGAGCCAAAAAGGUGUACGAUGUCUCCGCAAGGCCAUCGGUCAUACGUGAUCAAGCUCAAAGACGACGACGUAACGAACACUUAUGUAGACUCAUCUUGGAUCAGCCUGAGGGAAUUGGUUUGUACGCUUACUUAACAGGAUGUCAACCCAGAUACGGGAUAACCGAUUGGGGGAAAUCUUACAAUUCUCACAAACAAACUGGAAGAAUCGACGAGAUGGUCAAGCACAUGAGAGAACGAUUGAGCAAGAAGAAGAAGAAGGCGGAAUUAAGAGAACGUGUGUGA